AUGUAUUCUCAAAAGCCUUCGUGGCUGGAAGCAUGCUGCAGCGAUUCAAGACCAACACCGACAUUGUUUGCCUGGAAUGUGUCAAAUCUUGCCUCCUACGAUGGCUCCCAACUUUCAACAUAUACUGCUUCUGGUGAUUCCGAAAAGCGUAUUUAUAUUCUGGGAGUCGGUAACCUGGGUCGCCUCUUUGCAUCUUCACUCGCCCAAGCCCCGGAUAAGCCCCCGAUCACCCUGGUUGUGCAUAGAAAGGAGCUCCUAGAGCAAUGGGUAGAGAGUCAAGGCAUCGAAAUUUUACGAAAAGAUAAACUUGAAAAGAACAAAGACUUCGACAUUGAGUGGUGGACUGAAACUGAACCCGAGAUUGGCCCUAUACGAGAGGUUGCCGAGGGCGACAGGCUGAAGAACCUCAUAAUUACGACCAAAGCUUCGGCUGCGUUGCCUCAAGUCGACCGGGUACGAGGCUACCUGGAUCGGAACAGUACUGUGCUCUUUGUACAAAAUGGAAUGUCCAAAUUAUGGCCACCCCAUGGAUCAUCGUAUGUUUCCCAUCGCUAUCACAGUAGCCAUGAGCCCAACUACUUGGCUUGUGUUACAACGCAUGGCGUCACUUCACAAGGAACGUUCAAGAGUCUACAUGCCUCUCAGGCAGAUGUGGUUGUAGGGGCAGUUCUUCCGAAUUCCUUGUCGGUCGACAGGACGGCCUAUCUGGUAAAGCAGUUGCUGGAAGCGCCACACUUGGACGCCAGAUCGGUAUCCAGAGGAGAAUUAUGGAUAUUGCAAUUGGAGAAACUGGUGGUCAAUGCUAUAAUAAAUCCUCUAACAGCUAUCCUCGGGUGCAAGAACGGCGCUCUAUUUGGCGAGGACAAUGAGGUUCUUUCUCAAGUUAUUGACCAACUUUUAGACGAGGCAAGCCAAGUACUGCAACUUCUAGUGGCCCAUGAAAGCAGUGCAGAAAUCAUCAGACAACAGGAAAAACAACUAUCAGCAGAACCAGACGCGACUAUUGAUCUCUCGCCUAAAAGCUUGCACAGAAGAUUCUCUCACUCACAGCUGAAGGACAUGAUCUAUCAAGUGGGUCACAAGGUCAGGGACAACACAAGCUCCAUGCUGCAAGAUGUACGCGCCGGCAGAUCAACCGAGAUCAGGGACUUCAACGGCUGGCUAGUCGAGAUGGCAGCCUUUCUGGAUCCAGAGCUGGACGUUACAUGCCAUGCUACCUUGGUCGAGCUGGUGGAGGCUGGCCGUACCCUAGAUGUGGAUCAACUCGGAAACCACUUCAGCUGUUCCGUGACGGAUACAGGGAAAUCAUGA